AUGACCCAGACUCUCGGUAACCUGGGCAGUGGCUGGGCAUCCUCCGCGCCAUUUCGCACUGGGUCUUCCUGCCACCAAAGGCGCAAAGGUCCUCCGAUUUACAAGCCCUGGCACCGCUAUGGCCCCAAGGCCGAGAAUGAGCCUCCUAGGAAACAGCCAAAGCAACAACACCACUGGGGCCACUGGUUCCAACCGCCCCAAAGUCCUUACUGGGCCAUGUACUCUCACUGGGGGUGCUGGGGAGCGCCCUGGUGCCCACCUCCAAUGGGAUACCAGAAGCCCCCAGGGCCGGUGCAAGUGACCCGCAUGUGUGGUCUGCACCCUGUCUGCCUUUGCUGUUGCUCUUGCUGGCAUGGGCCCUGGAACCCGGGCUGGUUGAGGCCACCUGGCAAGAAGAAGCGGUGGGGCCGCAGGGGUGGUGGCCUGCGCCGUCACCCUCGCCGCCCCUUCAAGAAGAGCCCACCAGUGGAUGGGAGAAAGCUGCCGAGGCCUGUCAACCUAUACGAGUGGCAGGUGCCUGACAUGCGGGUGCCCGGCUUGCAGGCGCCCCGCAACACCACCCAGUUCAUCAUGAACCAGAUCUACGAGGACAUGAGGCAGCAAGAGGAGCUAGAGCGCCAGCAGGAGGCACAGAAAGCCCAGCAGGCCCAGGAAGGGGAAAACGAUGUGCCCCUCAGUGGUGGUGAGGAAGACGCGGAGCUGCCUGACACCUUGUACGGCUUUGGGCAGAACCCUCUGGCCUUUACUCCUGACCCCGAGGAAGAAAAUCAGUCUUCUGCCCCACAGCUAGUGGAAGAAGAGGAGAAAAAUGACGAGUGCGAUGAGGAGUGUGAGGAGUGCGAUGGGAAGGAGGAAGAGAGUGAGGAGGAGGAUGAAGAGGCAGAGACCCAGGAUGAAGAGGAGGUCGAAGAGGCUGACUAUAAAGGGGAGGAAGAAAAGGAAGAGGAGGAGGAGGAAGCUGCAGAAAUAGAAGAGGAGGGGCUGGAGAAGGAUAAGCAGAGAGAAGAAGAGAAUCAUUUGACUUUGGAUAUGCCCUUAUCAUUCCUGCUGGGCGAUGAAGAAGAGAGAGAACUUUAUAAACUGUUCGUAUUUAAGCCUGAAACAGAUAAUUCCUAA